AUGGCCGGGACGACGACCCCGACCUCGUCGACGUCCCCAACGACGUCCCCGACGACGUCCCUGCGGCCCGCAUCCGCAUCCGCAUCCGCAUCCGCAUCCAGACCAGAUGCUGAUAACAACGCCGACGCCGAUGCCGACCCAUCUCACCCGGCCCGGAACCACAGCCCUCACGAUAACGACAACGACCACGCCAAUGUCCCGGUCCCGCGGAGACCGGUCAAAAGACGGGCCGCAAAGGCCUGCACAGCUUGCAGAGUCCGGAAGGUCAGGUGCGAUGUGAUGCAGGCCUAUCACGUGACCCCCGCCGGGACCGUCACGUGUAGCAACUGCCAGAUGGACGGCGUCCCAUGUGUGGUGGAUGAGGGCAAGCGCCGGAGAAAGCUCCUGAGAAUAGACCCGGAUGUGGAAAUGCCCGCCCUAACAGCAUCAUCCGCCGCCGAGAAACAUGCGCGACAGGUCUGGCCGGAGCCUGCUCCUGGCUCGGGUUCUGAUUCGGGUGGUACGGGCACCAGCAGCAGUGUCAACCCCUCUGAUAUCCUGAAUUCAAUUCCGGAAGCCAGCCCGUGGACGCCCUCGAACGACCUGGACCGGCGACAGCCAGCUGCUUACGGCGGGAUGGGCGGGCACCAACCACACAUGAUCUAUCAGAACGCAGCCCACCUGUUCGAGCGCGAGCGCGUGCGGGAUGUGCAAAGCCUCGGAUUCCAGCCCGUGGACCACUUCGAUCCGGCAUAUACCCUUCUGACGUCGGCCUCCAUCGGCGGCGAACUCACCAAAACGCGACUGGCGACGCCCCCACGGAUCGCCCCUCCGGUGCUGAAGCACCAGCUGCCUGGGUUCCUCAAACCGCUCCCUCCGCGCAUGACGUCGGUAGAUAUCGAUUACCUGUUUGCCAAGGGGGCGCUGUCCCUGCCGGAUGCCCCGACGCGAAACGCGCUGUUGCGGGCCUACAUCGAGUAUGUGCAUCCGUACAUGCCGUUGGUGGAGCUGCAUGAGGUGCUGCGCAUCAUCGAGGACGGGAGUGGCAUGACGGGGAAGAUGAGUCUGCUGCUCUUCCAGGCCAUCAUGUUUGCCGGCACGGCCUUCGUGGACAUGCAAUACCUGGAGCCGGCAGGGUUUACCAACCGCAAAUCCGCCCGGAAGGCAUAUUUCCAAAGAGCGAGGGCAUUCGACCGCGUGUCCCUCGUCCAGUCCAUCCUCCUCAUGACCUACUGGUACGAGACGCCCAACGACCAGAAGGAUACGUGGCACUGGAUGGGCGUGGCCAUCUCGCUCGCGCACACCAUCGGCAUGCACCGCGACCCCAGCCACUCCGGCAUGGAGCCGGCGAAGAAGAGGUUGUGGAAGCGGAUCUGGUGGUCCUGCUUCAUGCGCGACCGGCUCAUCGCGUUGGGCAUGCGCCGGCCGACGAGGAUCAAGAAUGAGGAUUUCGACGUCCCGCCGCUGGAGGAGGCGGACUUCGAGAUCGCGGCCCUGCCCGCCAGCGUGGAGAUGAUCGGGCCGGAGUGUGCGCUCAUGCGGGACGUCCAGGCGCAGCGGGAGCUGGCUCAGAUGUGCAUUGCGAAAUCGAAGCUCUGUGUGUGCAUCUCCCAGGUGCUCACGGCCCAGUACUCGGUCCUGGUCAAGAACCAAGGCAUGGGCAGCGGUCGGUCCAGCGUGAUGCUCUUCCCGAAGAAGCUGGACCAGACGGACGAGGUGCAACACUGCGAGAAGGAGCUGCAGAGAUGGGUCGACGAGCUCCCCGAAUCGUGUCGAUACGUCCCCCAUCCCACGCCCGGGGGCUGCGGCAACCCGAUCUUCGUGCACCGCACCCUGUUACACAUGAUCUACUACACGACCCUCUCGGCCCUCCACCGUCCCCAGGUCCUGCCCCCCGCUCACGCGACCCCCGACCCCUCCCGCGCCCGGCACGACUUCUCCCGCCUGCAAGUCCGCGAGGCCUCGCGCGAAAUCACCCGCCUCAGUCAGAACCUGCUCCUCGUCUCGCUGGAACGAUUCCUCCCCACCACCGGCGUCACGGUCCUGCUCCCGGCCAUCAUCAUCCACCUGCUGGACAUCAAGUCCUGCAACGAUGAGCAGCGCAAGGCGGCCAUGAAUGGGUACUCGCAGUGUCUGACGGUGCUCGAACGACUGCGUGACAACUACGCCUCGGCAGAUUUUGCGACGCAGUUCCUGCAAGCCGCGAUCUGCAAAGCGGAUCUCGCCAAGGACCUGGACGCGCACCAGGCAGAGGAGCGUGUGGCGCGGGAGAGGUACAGCCCGCCGAUGAGUGGCCAAGACGCGUCUGCCGCGAUGCAGCACAGCUUCGUCCCCGCGGAGCACGAGCGGGUGUUUGCUCCGAAGACGACGGCGCCGAGCCCGCCAGAUUCGGAGGCACCGCUCCAGCCUGUGGAGAGCCAGCCACCGCGACCCCCGGCGGCCGGGUUGGUGAUGGGGGAGGAGAGAGAGGGGGAGCUGAACAUGUACGAGUUCCUGCGAGAUGACGCUCCGUUUUGCGAGGAGCUGUGGACCAUGCCGCUUCACGAGGGGGCGCAUCGGGAGCCGGGCGGGUGCACGCAGGAUAUGCCGUGGGUGGAUCAGGGGCCCGCGUGGAGUCAGGUGGGGAGCCCGCUGGGAGAGGAGUUGCUCAUGGCUGAGGAGGAGGUGGAAAUCUUGAUGCGGCGGGAGUAG